AUGCGGGAUGCUGAUCCGGAUGGUCUGCUGCUGCGACCCAGUGUCUUCCGGAGGGCACGCCGGGUUCUUCAGCAGCUUGGUCCUUACGCCUGCAACAUGUUUUGGAGGAACACUGUCGACGAAUUGGAAAUUUCGACAGGUAGAGGCGGCAUUGGUUUCGACAGCAACAAUUCAAUCCGGCAAAAGUUGGCUGAGCUACGGAAACACUGGUCUGACGGUACCUUGGUCGUGUCUCUGAGCUCACCCGCGUGUAACAUCACCCCGAAACUGGCAAAGCUCGUCGAAGUACUGUCAAGCUAUGAUGGAUCCGGAAGCGGCUUCCGCGGCGUUGUUCUCGUCAAGGACAGGGCGAUUGCGAGGACCUUGUCGAAGUUGUUGCAAAGACAAGAAAUUGGGCUCCCGUUCAUUCGAGCAGUCGAAGUCGAACAUGCUGCCGCAAGUGACCCUAGCUACCAGCUCAACCUGACUCGCGCGUUCGGCGGUGGUCAGUACAACCUCCUCGUAUUGACCCGAACGACAGCGGAUAUCGAAUUUCCACCCGCUUCCACGGUUAUCAGUUUUGACCUCUUCGAGGAUCAACUGACUUACGCACACUGUCACGCCCGCGGCAAAGGCAGACACAGUCAUAUGCUCUUCCUCAUCGAAAAAGGCAACAACGAGCAGCGGAAAAUCUUGACACGUGUACAAAUGGUUGACGCAGACUUGCGGGGCUGGAUUGCGGGCUUCGUUGGUGGGGAUAGCAAACACAUGCCGCCCAGCACUACGCACACCACUUUGGAACCGUGUCUCUCUGAUAGCGACGGCGAAGAAGAGGAUGGAGAGUUCGUGCUGGACCCAACAACAAGUGCCCAUCUCCACAAGUCCGAGGCAGAAGCAGCCAUACAUCGACUAGUUGCUGGUUUCGAGGAUCCCACUGGCGCGACGCAAGACUUGCCCUCAGUAUCCCUUGAACGGAAACCUGGGCAAGGUGCACAGAGUUACCGCUACACCAUCUCACUACCAACGAGCUUUGGUAUUCCUGGCGUGGUUGGACCGUACUGCCCAACGAAGACGCAGGCCCGACGCGAAGCCUUCUACAAGGCUUGCGAAGAAAGCGUCCGGAGCGGACUCAUGAGCUACCAGCACUUUCCUCAACCCCUAUGGCAGCCACCCGACGCCACUCAAGUGGCGGACAGCGACGCACCCCAAGAUGUCAAGACUGCGAACAGCUCUGCUGCGAUCCAUGGCUACCCACGCAAAUCGCCCGACUUCUGGACCAACUCGUCGAAAUAUCCCGUAACGACGCUGUACCCCACGGUGGUCGUGCCAGAGAACCUCGGUGGCGAGCCUCACGCCCCAGUUGCGAUCCUCACGCGGGCGCCCCUCCCUCAAAUGUCAGAGUUCCUGCUUUUCUUCAGCGGCGCGCGAGCGACAGUCCGCUUCUACCCAGGCGCACCCUUUGAAGUCAACUCGGGACAGCUCCACGCGCUGCGCGGCUACACUGUCCGCGUCGUACGCUCCCUGACCAACAAGCCCUUUGAGUGCACGUCGGAGAGUCUGCUGUCCUUCUUCGCCCCUCUCAACGCACCGUGGCAGCCACUCCCUGGUGUGCAAGGCCUGCAGCCUGUAGCGAAACAUAUUCCCUGGGACGCUGUACAGCUCGCUGCGGACUACUACGCGGUGCCCUUGUUCAACAGCCUGACUGCUCUGGAUGACAAUGCUCGGGAUGCGAUCGUUCAGGACCGAAACGUGGAGUUCACGAUGCGGCAUUUCCUUGUCACGGUCCGGCACGACCUGACGCCCUUGAGCAAAGCCGAGGACAGUCCGCGCGAAGCUGAGUUCCCAAGUUUCCUCGAAUACUGCAAAGCGCGCAGAAAGGACUUCCCAGGCUUGGAAGAUGAGAAACAGCCCAUGAUCGAGGUGUCGGCAGUUCCUGCGGUGAUCAACAACCUGCACCCCAUGUCUACGCCUCCGACACCUCCCGCCAAGGCUCCGCUGAAGUAUCUCAUUCCUGAACUUACAUAUAAGUUCACAAUCCCCGCUAGGCACGUCGCUCCAUACAGCACCUUCCGCACAUUGUGGCUCUUGCCAUCCGUCAUGACGAAGGUCGACAGCUGUUUACUUGUCAAGGAGCUCGAUGCGAAGCUCUUCCACCACAGUAUAUCUGAACAGCAACUCCUCAUCGCGCUCUCCACCCGUGCCGCGUGGACCGAGUUCAACUACGAGCGGCUUGAGUUCCUCGGUGACGCAUUCUUGAAGGUUAUCGCCUCCAACUUCCUGUACGUGACGAUGCCGACCGCCGGGGAGGGCACGCUGCACAACGUGCGGCAAAGCAUCAUCGGGAACAAGGUCCUGCACGAGUGCGCGAUGCGCGUCGGCAUCUGCCCGUUCGUCCAGCACAAGCGCUUCGUCGCAAAGCUCUGGCAGCCACCGCACAUCCCCGCACCUACCGCCACGGAGCCGAAUGAGGAUGUCGAGAUGGCAGACGGUGAAGGUACAGGUGACGGCGGGGAAGGAAAGGGCAACCGGAAGAAGAGCAAGAAGGAGCGCCAGCUCUCCGCGCAAAACAGGCUCUGGAUGGGCGACAAGGUCGUCGCGGAUGUUGUGGAGGCCAUCCUCGCCGCCGCGUUCCUGUCUGGGGGACACGAGGGCGCAUUGCAGGCGGCGCGUCGGCUGCAGAUCCCGCUGCCGAACAUCGCGCAAUGGACGGACUUCACGCGCAUCGGCGCGCAGCAGGGUGAGCAGGACGCGGGCGCGGGCGCGGCGGGGGCGUUCGUACUGGAUGAUACGGUCGAGGCCGUGCAGGCCAUCGUCGGGUCGGUGUUCAGCAAGCCCGAGCUGCUCGCUCAGGCCCUCACUCACGGAUCGGCGUUCGGAAGUAGUGAGGGCGCCAGCUACGAAAGACUCGAGUUCAUCGGCGAUGCGAUCCUCGACUUCCUUGUCGCGCGACACAUCUUCCAGCGCCACCCGCACCUCUCCCCAGGCGGACUGACGCUACUGAAAGGCGGCAUGGUCUCGAACCGCGCGCUCGCCGCCUUCUGCGUCACCACAGGUCUACACCGGCACCUGCACUUCGCGUCCGACCAGCUCGCCGACUCGAUCCAGCGCUACGUGACCUCGCUCACCGAGCUGCGCGAGAAGGAGUACGAGGCCGUCGCGCGCGAGCAGCGGCUCCCGGGCCAGUACUGGCUCGACCUGCCGCUCGAGCCGCCCAAGUGCCUGUCGGACCUCGUCGAGAGCAUCCUCGGCGCGCUGUAUGUGUGUGACGGCUUCUUCGAGGUCGGGGUCGGCCGCUUCUUCGACGCGGUGUUCAAGCCGUUCAUGGACGCGCACGUCCGGCUGCAGACGCUCUCGACGAACCCGAAGGUGACGCUGCUUGAGCUCCUGCAGGCUGAGGGCUGUCGGCAGCAUGCGGUGGUGAAGUUGCCUCAGGACCGCCAGAAUGCGCUUGUGCAUAUGGAGGGUGAGUACCGUUCUUGCGUAGUCCAUGUGCACGGACAGGUCAUUGCGAGUGCGACAGACCCGACUGCCGCUAUUGCAACGCGCAAAGUGUCACUGGCGGCGCUCGAUGCAUUGGGGAACAACCCGGAGCUACUAUGGCGCAUCUGCGACUGUGUAUCCGGAGAAUCCACCAAGAAGCAAGCCCGCAAGGCGACCGAAGGAGAGGAUGGGGCCGGGGAAGUAGAGGAGACGAUGGACACAACCGAGACGACGGAGUAG